GGGGCUGCUGAAGAGGGCUGUGCAGCCGGGAGUGAGGAGAGGGAAGGGCUGGGUUCCCGCUAGCUGAGCAGUCUCGCUCCCCGCCGGGGGAGGGGGCUUCGGGAAGCCCGGUCCCAUCCCCGCUCCCCCUGCCCGGCCCCGGCCAUGAAUAUGUAACUCCCUUCUAUUUCCCGAGCUCCAUUGCGGAGGCUGCCGCUCGCCAUAUUGUGCUGUUGGGGCUGUGGCUGCUCCGGCCGCCGGAGACGGGGCUCGGCCGAGGGGAGAGCUCGCGGCCGCCAUGUCUCAGGCUGUGCAGACCAAUGGAACUCAACCUUUAAGCAAAACAUGGGAGCUCAGUUUAUAUGAAUUACAGAGAACACCUCAGGAAGCAAUAACUGAUGGCCUGGAAAUAGUGGUGUCACCUAGAAGCCUGCACAGUGAACUGAUGUGUCCCAUUUGUUUGGAUAUGUUGAAAAACACCAUGACAACAAAGGAAUGCUUACAUCGUUUCUGUGCUGACUGUAUCAUUACAGCUCUCAGGAGUGGAAACAAAGAGUGUCCCACAUGUCGUAAAAAGCUUGUUUCUAAAAGAUCACUGAGACCAGAUCCGAAUUUUGAUGCUCUCAUCAGUAAAAUUUACCCAAGUCGUGAUGAAUAUGAGGCUCAUCAAGAGAGAGUUCUAGCAAGAAUCAGUAAGCACAAUAACCAGCAAGCUCUGAGCCACAGCAUUGAGGAAGGAUUAAAGAUUCAAGCAAUGAACAGGCUACAACGAGGCAAGAAACAACAGAUUGAGAAUGGCAGUGGAGCAGAGGAUAAUGGUGACAGUUCACACUGUAGCAAUGCUUCAACACACAGCAACCAGGAAGCAGGGCCUAGUAACAAAAGAACCAAAACAUCAGAUGAUUCUGGGCUAGAAUUGGACAAUAACAAUACAACUGUAGCAAUAGACCCAGUAAUGGACGGUGCUAGUGAAAUAGAACUAGUCUUCAGGCCCCAUCCUACACUCAUGGAGAAUGAUGACAGUGCACAGACCAGAUAUAUAAAGACCUCGGGCAAUGCCACAGUUGAUCACUUGUCUAAGUACUUAGCUGUGAGGUUGGCUUUGGAGGAACUUCGGAGCAAAGGAGAGUCAAACCAGAUGAAUCUUGACACAGCCAGUGAGAAGCAGUACACAAUUUACAUUGCUACGGCCAAUGGCCAGUACACUGUAUUAAAUGGUUCCUUUUCCUUGGAGCUGGUCAGUGAGAAGUACUGGAAAGUGAACAAACCCAUGGAACUCUACUAUGCACCAACAAAGGAACAUAAAUAGGCUUUGCGAGAAGGUUUGGAGAGAGGACUCUAACUUUCAUAGCUAUGAUUUCUUUAAUAUUAAGGAGGCGUCAUCUUCAUGGACAGUACUUGGGAUGUCUUCAGACUACUCACAGAGCCUACUUCUUCUUAUAAUUAGACAGUAUUCUGAGUUUUAUUUUUAAUUUAAUAUUUUUUUCCAGGGGACUGAAUAACCUUCUCCAGUGCAUUCCAUUGUUGUUGUCAAAGAUAUGCUUUUUUUUAUUCCCAGCUUAUGAUAUCAGAUCAACAAAGAUUCCAGCAUGGAGUGUUUUAACUUAAUCCAGGAAAAGCUGUUGGUCUGCUAAUAUGCUUGAUACAAUUAUACCAGCCCUUAAGUGAAAUAUUGAGGGUCUAAAGUAGUCAAUAGUAUUAUUCAAUAGUAGCAGAUGUUGUGGGGGUAUGGUAAUGGUGGUGAUUUGCUAACUACUGUCACUGUAAAAGAUGUUGAAGAAUUCAAUUGUGAUAACAGCAUACCAUUUUGGCUUCAAGGUAUUUACAGUAGUAAUCUGAUUCCUUGAAAGACUUGGAUUAUUGGUAAUAGUCCAGGUAAGGUAUAGUUUUCAGUAGACCAAGAUGAAGGCUUAAGGGAAAAAGUUCUGACAUUUAAAAAAAAUCUUGCUAUCUGCUAGAUUUCAUUAAUUUCAGUAUCAGGAAAAAAAUAUAUUUUAAAAAAAGGAAACCUUUUUUUUCUGGGCAGAAUAUCACAGUCCCUGAGCAGUCUCUAAUUUCUGGUCUUUGACUCCUGUUGCAGAAUUAUCCUGUGCACAUGUGCUUGGCAGAUAACAUUUAUUGUACAAAAUCUUCUCGGACAAUUUAAAAGUCCUGGUAUAUCAAGUGUAAUAGCACACUAUUCUGGAAAUAUCAUAGACUUUGCUGUAAAGGAUUCUCUUUGUUGGAAAUAUAAUUUUGCAACAAAAAUCCCCUUUUAAAAUUCCAGGAUGAUGGCAUUGUGUUGCAGCAAGAAUAUCUUAUUUUAUAGCACUCUAUCCACACCAGUUGUGAGCUAUAACUAUAGUUCAUCACUGAGGGAAAGAACUGCUUCAACUACAAACUGUUCUAAGUAUUCUGUUUUAGCCAAAGCUUUAACAAAUAUGGCUUAGCACUUUGGAAGAAAAUAUGUUAGUACUUGACAAGUUUACCAUUUAGUGUCUUACAAUGUUUUUUUUUUUUUUUUUUAAACUUGGCAGGUGGCUGCUGUGUGAAGUUUUGCAUUUACCGUUCAUCUGCAUGUUAAACGGGUGGGUUUUUUUUUUCUGGCGUGAACCCUGCACUCACCUAGUGGGGAUGCUUUGCUGCAGCUAAAGAGAAUUCUCAAUGUUAGGGAAAUGGCACAGUGAUGUUCUCUUUGCUCUAAGGUUUUAUCAGUACAGCCUUCCUGUUUCUGUAGUUUAUAAGCUGAAAGUGAAAAGACCCUUACAGCAGCUGAGGAAUAUUAAAUUUUGUCUUUCCCUUCUUGUCUUGCUCACAGUUAAGAUGGAUGAGUUUCUGAAGUAUAUGGAACUUGUACACUUUCAAAUCCCUAGGUUUCUGUUGGGAAAGGAACAAGCCUUCUAUUACUCCUUGUCAUUCAAGUCUAACAUUUGUAAAUAUAUGUCCACUUUGACAGCUGUUUUGGGUCAGUUUCAUCUCUAUAUGAAAAAUUCAUAGGUUUCUUGAAUAACUUUUAAUAUUUCUUUUUGGUAUCUAAAAUGUUUUUACUACUCUUUUUGUAAUCUGUGCCAUGAAACUGACAUUUCCAGUCCAAGCAUAUUGGAGGGUGAGGGUUGAUUUUCAAAUGUUGUUUUAUUCAGUAUUACUUGGUGUAAUGUUCAAUUGUAUAGAUUACUAGUGCAUGUCCACUAAAUAUAAUCCUGUUUUUGUGAUACUUAGAUUUUAUGGGGAAACUUCUAGGUUAGCUGCAGCAGAAUGACAAAUUCCCGGUAUGAUAUCUAAGGAUGUUUAAGGAGCAAAGGAGGUGUUGGUGAAGCUGAGCUGUGUCUGUCUAGAGAAUGUCUUUUUUUGUCCGCAGUUUAAAAAAAGUGUGGAAGAAUGUGAAACUUAUUUUCAUGUCAUAGUGAAUUUACUGAAUAUUUAUGUUCUUUAAAAAUAUAUAUUAUGUAGGUGUUUGAUUAUACCAUUGAUGCACUGUGACUUUAGUGCUAUAAACAAUUUUACUUUUCAAAACAACUUUCAUAUUGCCUUCCUGUUGAGCUAGAUCUUCAUUUUUGGUACCUUGUGAUUGUUAGGUAUGGUAAAUUGAACAGUUAUAAUAUCUGAAACUAAAGUCAUACCUAACGUCUCACAUUUGUCACAAUAAAGCAAAAAUGCUGUGAACACAG